AUGGAGCAAAAUUAAUUCUUCGCAUUAAAGAUUCCUUUUAUUGAGUAAAGUCAAGAUUAGUCGACAAAAAAAGGAGAUAAGAAGGGAAAGGAAGGAAAUGCCAUUUUAACAAUUAUUGGAGUAAUUGAUGCAUCAGGCUCGAUGAGUGGAUGUUGGGAAUGGCUAUCUGAUUUUUGGAAUCAAAGCAUACCCAAAGAGAACUUAAUCACCAUAACCUUUGAUACAAGAUAGAAGAUUUCAGCAGAAGGAGUGUUAUCAAAAAGAAUCAAGGAUCAUGGAGGUGGUGGAACAGAGAUUGUUCCUGCCUUUUAGACUAUGGAGACUGAAUUGUAGAAGGUUCCCAUCUAAAAUAACAUUACUGUAAUAUUUAUAAGUGAUGGACAAGACAAUAAUGUAAGAACGAUCGAUGAAAGAAUGAAGAAAUUAGGUGGUAACACAUAAAAUCGAAAUAUUAAUUUUAUUUGUUUGGGAGUUGAAUCAGGAUUCCCAACCAACAUUUCAAUGAAUUUAAGAUAACUGUACCAUAGAGGUGAUCCAUAGAUUCCUGCAAUCUAUUUGAUUGAGCAUGCUUCACCAUAAGCAUUUUUCAACAAAUUUGAGACCAUGAAGAAAUACUUUUAUCCUUCUUAACAAUUGAAAUUGGACAGAAUGAUUAAUCUUUUCCCCUAUGAUGAAGAUGUGACUGACGAGGUUUAUGAAGGAUAAUGGAUCAUAACAAAGAAGAACUAACUCUAAAUUCUUUAAGAAGACAAAGAUCCCAUUGUAUUACAACCAAUUGCAGAAUCUGAUUUGUUGGUGGAUGAUGUAGUGGAUCUAUUCCGUUCUUGGGUGUAAAAUCUAUAAAUCAGAGCAAUGAGUGGUGCCUAAGGAAUCAAGGACAAAGCUGCUGAUGCCUUGGCAAUUAUGGAAAGAAUAGCCAAUAGAUUAAGUGAUCAAUUCAAUAUGAAUGUCUUGAAUUUCAAUUAAGCAGAAAUUGUUGAUCCUACAUAGCCAUUUAAUGUCAGAGCUUAAAGAAACUAUGUCUAUAAAUAUGGAAAUAAAUUGUUGUUCUUCAUUGAUGAAGCCAGAUAAUUAGCAAAAGGAGUUGAUAUCAAAUAGUUGGGAGAUUUUGAAGCAGCUAAAAAACUAAAUAUUGGUACAAUCACUGGAAAGCAUUAAUAAAAGGCUUUGGCUUUAAAGGGUAUUACUGUUGAAGAAUUUAGAAAAAUGAGAGAUGAAUUUUAAGAUAUUGUCAUCAACUGUGAUUUCAAGAAGGAAAAUGAAUAAGGACAGGAAAGAUCUGUUGUAAGUCUUGAAACUCAAAGGGAUAUUGUAUCAAACUCUAAACUCGUAGUUGAAGGAUUAAAGUAUAUCAAAUCUCAAUAUGAUUUUGCUGAAACAUUCCCUUUGGUUGGUCAUGGCUUAAAAGUUAAAAGAAAUGAUGGAUGCUUUGUCAAUCCUUGGUUGGUUCAAGUGGAGAAUUUUGCUUAACAAAACAAAGUCAUUGACUCUGCUUAUUUAAUCAAGAAUAACUUUAAAGUAGAACUUAAUACUGGAGGAGAAAAAAAAGAAGAAAUUAAUUGUAUCUUACCUUUGUUCCCUCAAUCAGAUUAAGACCUCCAACCUAUUUUAAGAUCUAGAAUCAUUAAGUUAUUACUCACAUUCAUGGUCUAGCAAAAUGUGGAUACAUUCUAUGAAGAAACCUAUUUAGCUCUUUUGGCCAAUGCUUUAAUCUUUGUGUACAAGUAACCCAGAUCCAAAUGGUAAGAGGAUACUAUCAAUUUGAUCUACUCAACUACUUCCAUUGUUUAUAAAGGAACAGAAAAGUUUGAAAACUAUUUAAAAAAGCUUUUGGAGAAUCCAACAUCCGCCUAUCUAGAAAAAGAGGAGUAAUAUGAAGAUUAUGUAGCUACUUCUAAGCCAUUUAUUUCCUUGUUCUAUUUGAUGAUGACCAAAAAUAUUGUUUAAGAUUUUGAAUCUGAAAUUGAAAAAUUAAUCUUAUAUCACUUCAUCAGAGAGCAAUAUAAACAUUAAUAAUAAUUAACUUAUUAUCUAAAAUUAAAAUUAGAGAAAUAAGAUGAGGAAAGUUUGUAAACUUAAUUAAAAUCAUCCUUUGAAAAACAUGUUAGCAUCAAACAUUUCAGAUAAUCAAUAACUUAAGAGAUAGAAUAAGUUAUUUUGAGUAGAUUUGAAAACGAUAAUACCACUGUUGAUCUUUAUGAAGAGAAGGUAUUUAAUAGAGAUAUGAAACUUACCUUAGAAGUCAUUGAAAAUUUCUACGAAUAAUUUAAAGGAGUUAAGUUUGACUAAAAGAGAUACAUUCACUUAAUUUAUCAUGUAAUUAAGACCCCAGAAAAUGAAGUCUUCACAACUAAAGUCAAUUUCGGAAAUAUCAAAGAUAUCUAAAAGGAAUUGAUUUAAUAAAAUAAGGGAGAUUUAACCAAAGGAACUUAAUCAACUAAAGCUGCUUUAGAAAAAGAAUACAUAGUAUGGUUUAUUAAAAAUCAUAUGAUGGUUAAGCCUUUAACAUAUGAAGAAUUACAAUUGGAAUGCCAAGCCAAAGGUAUUGAUGUAAACACAAUUGCAUAUAAUGUUAAAUCAGGUUUAAGCAGUAAUUGUUGUAUGUCUAAAUAAUGUCCAUUUUAUUUAAUUGUUAAUGGUUUAGACUACAAGAGACAUAUCUAAACAUGGGGAAGAAAGGUUCCAUAAGGAUUCCAUUAAUAUGUUAGAGCUGAAAUUUUGAAAGGCCAAACUUUGGAAUAAAUUAUUUAAUCUGCUACUCAAAAGUGGAAGAAAUUCCCAAAGUUAUAUUUAGGAAAUGAAGAUGUGGUUCAUUAAUACAUUAAAAUGAUAUCAGAAUCAUUACCAUAAGAAUACCAAAUCAAGGAUUUACCUAAUCAACAACUUCUUCAUCAUUAGGUCAAGUUAACAUUCCCCCAAAAACAAAAGGUUCAUAAGUACGGAAACAAAAGAGGCCAACAAAGAGGAGGUAGAAGAGGUGGAUAAAGAGGCAGAGGAGGUCCUAGAGGAAGAGGUAGAGGAGGAAGAGGAUAAAAAAGAGGACCUUGA